CGCCUGUCGCUGUGUUCACGCGGCUGGCUGUGACUGUAAUAUCCAGUACACAGUUGACUGACUGCGGCUGAAGUAGGAAAGUGAAGGUGGAGCUGACCGGGGGUACAGUCAGUAGAGUUGACAGAAGUGGAAUCCCUGGAAAAACUCUUUUUGCGGAAAUUACUGCAGAACUUGACUGAUUUGCUGCUGGAUGAUCUAAAAGGAAGCAUACGUUCUCCUCCAGAAAAGGUUUCGCUGGAAUGGGUAAUCUUCUAAAAGUCCUUACAAGGGAAAUAGAGAACUAUCCACAUUUUUUCCUGGACUUUGAAAAAACCAAAUGGGGAAUCUGUUAAAAGUGCUCACUUGCACAGAGCUUGAUCAGGGGCCAAACUUUUUCCUUGACUUUGAAAAUGCACAACCGACAGACUGUGAGAGAGAGGUGUGGAACCAGGUGAAUGCUGUUCUCCAGGAGUCAGAGAGCAUCCUGUCCGGCCUGCAAGCCUACAAGGGGGCGGGCCAGGAAAUACGAGAUGCAAUACAGAAUCCUAACGACAUGCUCCUUCAGGAGAGGGCGUGGAACUCUGUGUGUCCACUUGUCAUCCGCCUAAAGAAGUUCUAUGCUUUUUCACUCAAACUAGAGCAAGCGCUGCAGAGCCUUUUGGAGUCUCUGACGUGUCCGCCGUACGCUCCCACUCAGCACCUGGAGAGGGAGCAGGCCCUCGCUAAGCAGUUCGCUGAGAUCCUGCAUUUCACUCUCCGCUUCGAUGAGCUGAAGAUGAGGAUUCCAGCUAUCCAGAACGACUUCAGCUACUACAGAAGAACAAUCAGUCGAAACAGAUUAAACAACAUGAAUCUUGAUAUUGAAAAUGAGGUCAAUAAUGAAAUGGCAAAUAGAAUGUCUCUGUUCUAUGCUGAAGCCACCCCCAUGCUGAAGACCCUGAGCACAGCAACGACAAACUUUGUGACAGAGAAUAAGACAUUACCUCUUGAGAACACCACAGACUGUCUGAGCACUAUGGCAAGUGUAUGCAAGGUCAUGCUAGAGACACCAGAAUACACGAGUCGAUUCAACAGUGAAGACACACUUCUGUUUUGUAUGAGGGUGAUGGUGGGGGUUAUUAUCCUCUAUGAUCAUGUGCAUCCAAACGGUGCCUUUAACAAAUCCUCAAAAAUCGAUAUGAAAGGAUGCAUUAAAGUCUUAAAAGAUCAGCCCGCAGAUAACGUUGAAGGUCUCCUUAAUGCCCUCAAGUUCACCACAAAACACCUGAAUGAUGAGUCCACUCCAAAAAAUAUCCGAACAAUGCUACAGUAACGGUUUUAAGUGAAGCAGGUCAAUAUUCUGACCUCAAAAGAUGUAUAUGUUUACAUUUAUUUAAGGACUUGAUGUUAAUACUUGGGUGUAUUUACAUAAUCAUUCCCUCCAAGUUACUGCAAUGUAAAGAAAGCAGACCUUUAUUCUAAAGAAAUUGCCUAUACCGUCAACAGAAGCACAAAUGAAUAAAAACCAAGCAGCCUUAUGAAAAUUCAUGAAAAAUAAAAAAUCAUUUGCAGUUUUGCUUUCAAAUGAAUAACCGUGAUCAUGUUAACCAAAGGGGCUGAUGCAUUGGUUGCAAGUUACAGUGAAAUCCUAUUGGCUAAAGUGUAGUCAAUAUUGAAUGAGUAAAGCGUGGGAUGGUUGUGCUUUUGUAUUUUGUAAUGAUGAGAAAAGACAGUUUAUAAAAAUACCAUAAUGUGAUGUAACCAUUUUUUUUUUUUUUUUUUCAAAAAUCUGUGGUUUGGCUGACUGUGGCGAUAUCAGCUUUUAUUUUUGUUAUUAUGUGACGUGUGUUCUCUAUGUCUUUGUGCCUCUUUGUUUCUAACACAUUCGAUACUCAUCAAUACAGCUUUAAAAUCUGAAAUAAAAUUGACAUUUUGAUUAUA